CGGAUUACAGUGCGCGCCGGGGAAGGCGGGGUCCGUGCGUUUUUAGGCACUCCUUCCCCCGAGCUUCGGCAUUGUCGGAGUCGCGAUUUGCUACGUCAGCGGAACCAUGAAUGUUUUGCAAACCACCUUCGAGUAUGACCUGCACGCAGCCCUUCAGGUAAUUCUCACUGAUCCAUGCCGGACGGUCCCUUCUCCCUCGUUUCUGCGUCACUGGAAAGCGGAGGCCAGAAAGCCUGUCACAAUUGUCGCCGCCGCAGACGACGUUGCGACCGGUCACAACCCGUCUGUCGGAAAUGCACCAGCAAUGGAGAAGAGUGCCUCGGAUAUGGCAAUCUAUUCAGAUGGACCAAUGCUGUCGCCAGCCGGGGCAGGAUGGCUGGCCUGUCUACCUUCGGGGAUGCUCCUGGCCAGCAUGAACCUCCUCGCCUCCAAGCUGGAAAGCAGCACCCUGAUAUCUUCUUCCCCCUCAUAGAUCCGCUGUUGCAGGACCUUGACUCCAGCUCUCGGUAUUACAUUCGUCACUAUACCGAAACAGUCUGUAGAGACUUGGUCUCUUUCGACCAGCAUGAUCGCAACCCAUUUCGCUUCAUGGUCCCGCUGAUGGACCAGUAUGCCUACCUGAAGGAAAUCGUCGUCGCCACCGCAGCAAUCCAUUUGGUCGCCCGGCGGCGAUCUCAGGGCGUGCCGGUGGGACACGAGCUAGUGGACGCCCUCUCAGCCAGGGCGCAAGCCAUCAAGCUCCUGAAGCUCGCCCUGGACAACAUCGACGAAUCCAACCGGCCCGCGAUCCUGGCCGCCGUGGUGUUCUUCGUCAACUUCGACCUCAUCGACUCCGGAAGGGGCGGCUGGAAGGUGCACCUCGAGGCGGCAGGGUCGCUGAUCCGCUCGCUGCAGGGCGACCCGAGACCCGCGAACCGCGCAAAGUCGCUGAACGCCACCACGAUGCGCCUCGGCGACAUGGUCGUCGCCGACUGCCUGACCUACCACAUCCUCGGCUCGGCGCUGGGCGCCCCCGACGAGGCCGCCGCCCGCGUCUACGACGGCAUCGACGUGCCGGCCGUCCUGCGGCGCGCCCAGGCCCACAGCUACCACUGCUGCCCGCCGGGCAUACUGCAGAUCGUCGCCGAGGCCAGCAGGAUGGCGAGCCCCGACAUGAUUGACGGGACGCUCGGCGGCGGCGAGGGGGCGGACGACCGCCGCGCCGCCAUCGCGGCCACUGCCUCCACGCUCCUCUCGCGGGCUCGCGCGAUGGAUGUCCGCGCCUGGGUUGGGAGCAUCGCGGAGCUGUCGGCCGACGACGACCGUGAGACACGGGUGAAGCUCGCGUCGGCGCAUAGGGCUGCCGCGUGCCUGUACGUGCGGCUCUGCGUGCCCUCGGCUGUGCGGGGCGGUGGCGGGCCGGGCGCUGCUGCUGUUGACGAGCAGGCCGGGCAGCUGGUGGACGAGAUCCUGUACCACCUGUCGUCGAUCCCGGCGGAGCACGAGCUCUUCAAGGGGGCGGUGUGGCCGGCGUUUGUGGCGGGCGGGCAGACGGACGACCCGGGCCGGCGUGAGUGGUGCCUCGGCUGCAUCAGCUCGUUGUGGCUGGCGUCGUCGCCGUGGGUCUGUCCGUGGGGCUACGUGUACACGGCGGCGGAGACGCUGCAGCGGGUCUGGGCGGCCAGGGACGCGCUCCCGCCGGGGGAGAGGGCGCGGUGGAACUGGUUGGCGGUGCUGAGGUCGAGUGGGGAGGGGUGCUUGAUUGUGUAGCCGGGGUUCCAAGGCGUGGGCUCAGAGAGAGGGAUGUAGAUCAGGUGAUUAAGAUGCAUUUGAAUAGCGCCUUGAAGAUGAAUUACCUUCUUGCCAGGCCAAGGCAGUUUAUUGUGAGUAUGUAAUGGAUCUGUAUGACAAGCAAGAGUCGGGUAUCAGGUAUCCUUUCUCUCUCAAAGGCCGGGCUCCUCUUGCUCAGCGCUCCGCCUGCUUUUCCUAAUUUGAGAGCUACACCGCCUAUGUUCAGCAAGGCCAUGAUCUAGACCAAUGAUCAAUCACUUUUGAC